ACAAUCAAAGUACAAUCGAAGUUCAAAGCAUUCAAGCCACAUCGCAUUCAAUACAUAGAAUGAGCUCGAAGGAAGUCAAAGAUAUCUCUAUCACGAUCACGAGUUUUCACUUGAAAUUCGUUGGAUUUUGGAUAGCGGACAAUCACACUGAGAGGCUCUGGAUGAAUUUUGCAUUGUUUUAUACAUUCGGCGGCAUUUUUUUCUCUCUAACGGUCGAAAUGAGGGACUUGUAUUUCACUUGGGGAGAUUUUGGCGUAAGUGAAGAACAUAAAUUAACAACUGGAAAGAUCAAGUCGAGAAUUUGGCAAGACACUAUUUACAUUACGUGCAACGUUAUAACUAUCAUUUUGGUUCUAAUGAAAAUCUUCGUCUUGUUAAUAUAUUACGAUGAGCUGCAAGACAUAAUUCAUUAUGCGAAAAGGAACUUUUGGCACCUGGAUUACGACUCGUACGAGCAAAUGAUUAUAAAUAAAUGUAAACGUACUUGCACCAUCUUCGUCUGCAUUUUUACUUUCUUCGCUGAGGGAACAGUUGCCACUUAUGUAAUAAGACCGCUUAUAGCAAAUCACGGAAAAAAUGAAUCAGACAGAAUACUUCCAUUUAACAUGUGGCUCUAUGGUUUACAUACGUCCUUCACGCCGUACUUUGAAAUGAUAUUCUCGCUACAGGUAAUUGGUGCGCAUCUCGUUGGCGUGUGCUACCAUUGCUUCGACAAUAUACUAUGCAUCUUAAAUCUACACACCGCUGCUCAGUUCCGUAUCUUGCAAUAUAGACUUGCAAAUGUGUGCAACACAAACGAUCACAAAAAAUUCCACGAACGUUCGGGAAAAUCAUGGUACAGCAUAUACAAAUAUGGAAUGUUUAAAGCUCACAUUCAGCAGCAUCAAGCGCUGAUUGAAUUCUGUGGACAACUCGAAGACGUGUUCAACACUCUUGUACUUGGACAGGUGUCGCUGUUCAGUUUGCUAAUCUGCCUCGAUGGAUACUUGAUACUUAUGGAUGAUGGUCCUCUUUCAAGACGGUUUACAUUCCUCUUUCAUAUAACGGGCUGCAUGUGUCAGUUACUGAUGUUCACUUAUAGUUGCGAUUGCCUGAUACGCGACAGUAUGGACGUGGCUAAUGCCGCGUACAAGAGCUUAUGGCCGCUUUUGCCAAUGGACAAAUGCGGGAAGAUGUUACGAAGAGAU